CGACAAUUCCCGAGGCCUAGACACUGAUCCCUUCUCCUGGGUCAUCAGUUGCCAACAGAGGCCGUAUCUUGUCAAUCUUUUGUGAAUACCAUAGUCUGGCACAUUUUGAUAGUUGCCCAUCAUGUUGCUUAAGCAGGUCCUUGUGGCCGCUCUGCUCUCUUUGAGCUCUGUCACGGCUUUCCCAAACCCGAACAACCUCCAUGACGUGGAGGCUAGGGAUGUCGAAGAUAACCUCGUUGCCCGUGGUGGUAACCAACACGACUGUGGCUCUUACGCCAGCUGGAACAACGGAAAGAACUGCUGUGUCUGCAAAGACAAUGGCAAGAACUACGACUCCAAGACAAAGUCAUGCAACUGUCCUAGUGGCUACACCUGGAAUGGUCACCAGUGCGUCCACGACUGUGGCAAAGAUGCUACUUGGCAGUAUGGAAACUGUGUCUGCAACAAGAAAGGCGAAGUCUACAACCCCAAGGACAAGACCUGUAGCUGCCCACCAGGACAGUACUGGAACGGCAAGAACUGCCAGGUGGAUUGCGGCAAAGACGCUUCAUAUGACUACAAACAGAAGAAGUGCGUUUGCAAGAAACAAGGCGAAAUCUACAACUCCAACUCCAAGACUUGCAGCUGCCCCCCUGGCCGGGUUUGGAACGGCUACGCAUGCGUUGUUGACUGUGGCAAGGAAGCGCACUUUGACAAUAAACAGAAGAAGUGUGUGUGCAACAACUACGGCGAAAUCUACAACUCUGGCAGCAAAACUUGCAGUUGCCCUGGAGGAAAAUACUUCAACGGCAAGAAAUGCGUUUGCCCGUAUGGUAAAGUCUGGAACGGUAAACAGUGUGUAGAAGACUGCGGCAAGGAAGCCCACUUCGACUACAACCAAAAGAAGUGCGUCUGCAACAAGAAGGGCGAAAUCUAUGACUCUUCCAAGAAGACUUGCAGCUGUCCCGAUGGUCAAUAUUUCAACGGAAAGCAAUGCGUCUGCCCGUAUGGUAAAGUUUGGAACGGCAAACAGUGUGUUCCCGAUUGUGGCAAGGAAGCCCACUUCGACUAUAACCAGAAGAAGUGUGUGUGCAACAACAAGGGCGAAGUCUAUAACUCGGCCAAGAAGACCUGCAGUUGUCCUGAUGGCCAAUACUGGAACGGCAAGCAAUGUGUUUGCCCGUACGGCCAAGUCUUCAACGGCAAGCAGUGUGUUCCUGAUUGCGGUAAAGAAGCCACCUUCGAUUACAACCAGAAGAAAUGCGUUUGCAAGAACAAGGGAGAGAUCUACGACUCCAAGACCAAGACCUGCAGCUGUCCCGAUGGCCAGGUUUGGAAUGGCAAGCAGUGCGUCUGCCCGUACGGCAAAGUCUGGAACGGCAAGCAGUGCGUAGAAGACUGUGGCAAGGACGCCCACUUCGAUUACAAUCAGAAGAAGUGUGUUUGCAACAAGAACGGAGAGAUCUACGACUCCAAGAGCAAGACUUGCAAGUGCCCUGACGGUCAGUACUGGAAUGGAAAGCAGUGUGCCUGUCCAUAUGGCCAGGUCUUCAACGGCAAGCAAUGUGUCCCCGACUGCGGCAAAGACGCCACCUAUGAUUACAAUCAGAAGAAAUGUGUUUGCAAGAACAAGGGAGAGGUCUUUGAUCAAAAGACCAAGACCUGUAGCUGCCCUGACGGCCAGUACUGGAACGGCAAGCAAUGCGUCUGUCCAUACGGCAAGAUCUUUGACGGAAAGCAAUGCGUAGAGGACUGCGGCAAAGAUGCUCAUUUCGAUAACAAUCAGAAGAAGUGCGUGUGCAACAAGAACGGAGAGAUCUACGACUCCAAGACCAAGACCUGUAGCUGCCCCGACAGCCAGUACUGGGACGGAUCCAAGUGCGCAUGCCCUUACGGAACAGUCUGGGACGGCAAGCACUGCAACCAGGAUUGCGGCAAGGACGCUCAUUUCGACAGCAACCAGAAGAAGUGCGUGUGCAACAAGCAGGGCGAGGUUUACGAUAGUAAAUCCAAGACUUGCAGUUGCCCCGACGGCCAAUACUGGGACGGAUCUAAGUGUGCCUGCCCCUACGGCAAGGUCUGGGACGGAAAGCAAUGCGUGCCAAACUGCGGCAAAGAUGCUAGCUACGACAGCAAGCAGAACAAGUGCGUGUGCAAGAACAUCGGCCAAGUCUUUGAUAGCAAGUCCUUGACUUGCAGCUGCCCAGCGGGAACCUCUUGGAAUGGCUACGCUUGUGUGCAAGAUUGUGGCAAGGACGCUCAUUACGACAGCAACCAGAAAUGCUGCGUGUGCAACAACAAGGGCCAGUCUUAUGAUAGUAAGUCCAAGACUUGCAGCUGCCCAGGAAACCAGUAUUGGGACGGCAACAAGUGCGCGUGCCCAUACGGAUCGACUUGGGAUAGCAGCAAGAAGACUUGUAAGAUGAACUAUCCUUGAUGAUAUUUUAUGAGUUCAAGAGGUGAUGCCUUCAGAAGGUAUUAUCUUUUAUACUUAAUAAGAUGUGGCAAUGUUUUGUUCUUCAAAAUAAGUUGGAAAGAAAAAAAAAACGAGUGAAAAAAAGAUUUGAUAUUUAUAUUGGACUGGAUAGGAAAGGUCGUUCCCUUGAUGACGAGUGGGAUGAAAUGUGUAUAUUAUUCUAUAUGGGGUACAUUUUAACGGCUUAACCACUGUAGUAAUGCCGAUGACUUAAAAAUAUCAGUCAUUAUC